AUGAGUCAAAAUGAGGAAAGUGUGAAAGCAAAAGAAAAGAGUGAACAGGAACUGAAACAGCUCAAAACACAGUAUGAAAAGUUACUAGUAGAGCAGGAAAAACUAAAAGAUCAAAUAAAUACUGUCCAAACCCAAAAUGAAACAACUGCGGACAUAACUAUAACUAGUGAAUCAGUAACGCAACAAGAUAAGCCACAAAGUGCAUUUCUUAGCAUGAAAACAAGCAUGCUCCGUCGGGAAUUCAAGAUACAAGGACAUAUCGGAGAGCCAGGGCAUAAAGAUAAACUAGCAUAUCAGUCACUCAUUUCACAGAUUGAAAUUGGGCUGCAAAAGGGUUACACAGAAGAGGAAAUUACCCAUGCUGUUGUUAGAGCUGUUCAGGCUGGGUUACAACUACGAAGUUACUUGGAGGGAAUAAAUGGGUUGACAUUACCACGAUUACGUAAAAUACUACGCUUUCAUUUCCAAGAGAAAAGUGCUACCGAGCUCUACCAGCUCUUGGCUAAUAUCAGUCAAGCCCCAAAAGAAAGUCCACAA